GGGGCGGCGGCGGAUAAAGGCGGUUGGGGGCGGGGGCGCGCAGUCCGUCAGCGCCGCCGGAGAGGACGCGCGGGCCGUUGCCGCGCUGGAUAUGGCUUGCCGCUCGCAAAGCCCCCCCAGGUACCGGAACCGCAGCGACCGCGACACCAGCCCGCCACCCCCCGCGAGAUGGAGCCUCGGGCGCAAGCGCAGAGCCGAUGGCAGGCGCAGGACGGCGGAGGACGACGAGGGCCCUGCGAAGCCGGAGGGCGACCGCAGACCUGACAGCUUUACCACUCCUGAAGGCCCAAAGCCCCGUCCUAGGUGUACAGACUGGGCCAGUGCAGUCGAAGAAGAUGAAAUGAGGACCAGAGUUAACAAAGAAAUUGCAAGAUAUAAAAGAAAACUCCUCAUAAACGACUUUGGAAGAGAGAGAAAAUCAUCAUCGGGAAGUUCUGAUUCUAGGGAGUCUACGUCUGUAGUGCCCGCCGACUUGGAGACAGAUGAGAGUGUCCUGAUGAGAAGACAGAAGCAGAUCAACUACGGGAAGAACACCAUCGCCUACGAUCGCUAUAUCAAAGAAGUCCCCAGACACCUUCGACAGCCUGGCAUUCACCCCAAGACCCCCAACAAAUUCAAGAAGUACAGUCGACGAUCGUGGGACCAGCAGAUCAAGCUCUGGAAGGUGGCUCUGCAUUUCUGGGACCCUCCAGCUGAAGAAGGAUGUGAUUUUCAAGAAAUACAUCCCGUAGACCUCGGGGCAAUGGAGACCGAAUCCACGGAAAGCAGCUCUGAGUCCCAGACCAGCUCCCAGGAUAACUUUGACAUGUACUCUGGCACACCCACCAAGGUUAGACACGUGGACUGCCAAGCGGAGGACGAGUUUGACUUGGAAGCUUGCUUAACCGAACCCUUGAAAGACUUGUCGGCCAUGAGCUGACUGGUGCCCUGUGGGGCCACUGACACCUCCCGGCUUGGGGAGGGCCGGCCAGGCAUGCGUGGUGCCUUGGUGACCCGUGCUCUCUGUUAAUAGUUUAUGUCGUGGUGAAUCGUUAUUCUUGCCUUAUUUUCUUCAGAAACAAUUUUAUGUAUAGUGAAUGUAUUUCGCAUGUUUUAAAUUGUAAAUGGAACUAAAUCCAAUGAAAAUUGAACUUGAAGCAAUCUCGCAGCAAACUUAAUGUGCUUAAUCCCUGCCGUCCAGACAAGCACACUCGAACUGGUUUCCACAGUGUUUUAGAAGUUGUCACAUGGUGGGUUUGAGUUUAAGUGGUGUCCACGGGCUCAAUCUGGCAUCAGCUUUCUUUACUGGUAUCUGAGUAUUCUCGCAACUGGAUGCAUUUAAUAUCUUUGUGGAAAUGUAAGUUGGCUUCUAAUCCAUAUGGCACGGUGGCUUUUCCCCUCAUACAGAGCACUGAAUAGCUGAAGAUGUUGAGCUGUUAAAUGAACAGAUUUUAUGUAAGUUACGCAAUCUGAAUUUGGUACUUGUAAAUAGCGCCAGGUAGGCCUUCUACCAAGAAUAGUUCGAGUUAAGGCAGCAGCGGGAUUUAGGAAGAACGUUUUUUACACAGUUAAUUUACCAUGUAAAAUUGCUGUAAAUGAGAAUGUAUACAGAUUUUCUGUUCAAAUAUCCGAUUGUCAACUCCUUGUUGAGACUGUUAUGUUUCUAUUGCUUUUGUAUGGAAUGACAUUGCAAAAAUAAAAAGUAAAGGACCUUA